AAGGACAUUUUAUAUAUCUAUAACACAACGUACCUUGGUCACAUGUAGGAGCAAAGGCUGGCGAAUAUGUUAAUAGAACGUACAGUCACACCUACAUAUGUAUUGGAAAUAUAUACUGCAUAUGCCGAAAAAUUAAUAGUAUUUGAGUGACAUUUUAACCUGAUAAUUGGGUUUUAAAUUUGUGUUUGCUUUGAAAGAAUGCCAUAGUAUAUAAUGUAUUUACGUCUCCAUUUUGAACUGGAUCCUAUGGAGUGUUACAAACUAGAUAUGCCUCACUGCAGCUCUGACGCUAGUCUGCCUUACUAUUCCACAUACAGCGUGUAUGACAACUAGAUGACCUACAUCUUGCUAUCGGUGAAGUCGUUUGCUUGGAAGUGUACGGCAUUAUCUUAAAGAAUUACCGAUUUUAACUCAUGUUCGUAUGAAAGGAAUAGCUCCAGAAACGUCUAAGAAGACUCCACACAUAUCCAGCAAUGCCAGCAGGUGCUGUGCCGUUUCCCUUCGGAGAUUGUCGGGUGUGUAAUGACCGCGCCACGGGGGUACAUUAUGGAGUGGCUUCUUGCGAGGGAUGCAAAGGAUUCUUUAAGAGGAGUACAACAAGAGAAGAGAAAUACAAGUGUUUCUUUGGAGGUUCCUGUCUUUUGACACCACAGAACAGAAGCCGAUGUAAAGCAUGUCGAUUCCAAAUGUGUUUGAAACAGGGCAUGGCUAUUGACGCCGUGAAAAUGGGAAGAAUUCCGAAGUUGGAAAAGGAAAAAGCUUUGAGAGAUGCAAAUAUAUGCCAAUCAUCCACCGAAGUGUCUUGUACUGACUUCAAUUCGCCCUCACUAUCGCAGCAAACAGCGUUCUACUCUUCAUCAACAGCAUCACAACAGAAUUUCUCUUUGACCCAACCCUUAUAUUCACAACAGAAUUUCUCUUCGAACCCAUCCUUAACAUCGCAACAAAAUUUCUCGGCCAUUUCCUUACCAUCACAACAUAACUACUUUUCGACUCAAUACUUAUCAUCACAGCAGAAUUUCAUUUCGACCGAUUCCCAGCCAUCGGAACAGAAUUUCUCUUCGACCCAUCCCGUACCUUCACAACCAAAUUUCUCUUCGACCGAACCCUUACCUUCACAAUUGAAUUUCUCUUCGACCCAAACCUUACCUUCACAACAGAACUUCUCUUCGACCCAACCCAUAUCUUCAGAGCCGUUUGUCAAUCAAAGAAAUUUACAGUCCAACAGGCGUGCUGCAUGUUUGGAUAGGGAUCAGUAUGGAGACAAAAAAAUAAACCCCAGCCAUUUUGUGGAGCUUGGCAAAGAUCUUACAGAGACAAGAGACAAACAUUAUUUUGGUGACCCCGACAAGGAUCCUGCAUCAUUAUGGAGAUCAAGUGAUACAACUGUACUCCAUACUCAAAGAGAUGACGAUGCGGAACAGCCCAGAGAUAGUAGACAUAGUUUUCAGAGUACAGAGCACAGCGAGUUUGACAUGUUUCAAGAGAAGCAUUUUACCUCAGUGGAUAAACAACGCCAGUGGAACAUGGUUGAAGCGGCAAAAACAACAAAGCCAAACAUCCAAAUAUCAAUGGAGGAUUUCCCGCAACUGUUUAAUAAGACCGUAUGUGUCAUGAAUCAGACAUCAUUAGAGGAGACGCCGUUCCGCCCACAGACAGAAUUUAAGGCUGCUUCGCGGUGCCAACAGCACGAUCAACUCAAUGAUGGAACAAUGAAAACUGACGCAUCGCAAGAUGGGAGUCAAGAGGAAUCAAUAAGCAAGCGGAACCAGGGCGACGCCAGAAAUAUUGAACAACACAUUCACCAAGAAGCGCAGGUGGACGAAAAGGCAUUAAAUGAGUCUGGCUCAGUUACUGAUAGUCGUAAUGGUACUGGUCAUGGAUACUGGGGAGGAAAGCAAUCUGCUAACAAUUUAUCUGGAAAGGAUAAGCAAAGCGCCAGUCAGACUGUCGCGCUUUUUUCUGGGGAUAGUUCAAAACAGCAUACCCAGUCAGCUGAUGACGAAAACCAUAAAGUGGAUCAGACGCCAUUUCAUGUAGAAAUGGAAACCAUUGAGAAGCCUAAACUUGGCCAUUCUGAACGAAAGACGUCUUUGGAUCCUGAAACCUUGGCUCUCGUUGAAAGUACAACUAAAAGAAUGAAAGGGGUAGUGGAUGCUUUCUACGCCCCACUGAAGAUAAAGAGGGCUAUCGUUCAGGACUACUUUGCUAAAAAGGUAACCAUGCGGUUUACAACUUUGGAAAAUAUUCAAGAGGUGUGGAAUAUAUUGAUUGCCAAUCUUGACGGAGUAAAUAAAAGAAAUAUUGCCUUCUGUUCUUGUGUGCCUGGUUUCAGUAAUCUUGAUGAAGCUGACAAGGAAAAACUUACUUUACGAGCCUAUCUAGACAUCUGGACGAUAUCUUGCAGUGAAUUCUUUAUUGACGAUGAAAGUUACAUCGUCAUCGGAGACGGACUUUUCUACAGUAGAUCAACAAUGACAAAAAUCAUGAAUACCAGUAUUGUCCACAAAAUGUUUUUAUUUGCCAAAAAGCUCAACUCUCUGGCUUUAUCUGAGUUUGAAUUGGGAGUGCUGUGUGCAGUUCAGUUACUUACAGAAGAUGAACUGGAGAUAAAAAACCGGGAGGCAGUGGAAGAACUUCAUUCUCACUACCUGGAUGUCUUCAUCAAUACCAUUUCCCGUAACCAUCCUACGACAAGCAGUCGUCUGCUGGUGGACGUGUUCCGGCUGUUUCCACUUCUUAGUGAGAUAAAUAAGAGCAACACAGCUCUCAUGGCCAGAAGUAAUAUGAAGGGGCCUGAUGUAUCUAAGUAACCGCAUGUGCUCGUCCACCCAUGUCAUCGAAAGCGACUAAAUUUAAGAGGUUACAUUUUGUUUGUAUUUGUUGUGAAUUAAAUGGAUAUUAUAUCUAUCGUGUGAAAUGCUCCGGAUGUUGUAUCGAUUCUGUCUCGUGAGGCUAGGUACGGCGUUUUGUUAGCAAGUAUGGAUUAGAAAAUGCCAAUGAAACAACAGUAUAUUUGGCAUUACAUACGUCAUUUAAAGCGUAUAACAUUAUUCAAAAAGAUAGACUGGAGUCUUUAAAAAACAUGAUUUGAAUACUUAGAUUAAUUAGAUAUUUUGUAAACCAUGAAAAUACUGAUUUAUGAAUGUUUGAUUCAUUGGUUAUGCGGCUGAAUAAUGUUAUUCCUUGGGCUCUUGUAAGUUGUAGUGAAGUGGAAAACUCUUAGUGAUUUUAUUGACAUAAAUGCAUUUUUGCACCAGAGCUCCGGAUUUAUUAUUCAAUAUUCCAGUUCAGCUUACUAAACAGAAACGUUUUAAGCAAAUGAAGCUAUUAUUUGUAAUCCAAACACCAGAUAAACCUCUAAGCUCUUAACAAAGGCACUCCAUUUGAACAUCCUUUAAAAUGUUUGGAUAUUUCGAACAAAACCUCGAUUUUAUUCCCUAGGGUUGUUUGACUUGCAUGUUAUGGACAAUCAACAUAUUUCAAUGAUAUAUAUGUAAUGAAAUACGGGGUAAGAUACUCGUUAAGUGCAUAGACGUCGCGGCGUCGUUAAACUUGUGUUAAACUUUUUACAGACAUCUUAACCCGCGAGGUGAGAGGUCUGAGACAUUGCAUAUUAGUCUCCAUCCAUUUCCUUCAAGCUCAUGUAAAUAUGUGGCUAUGAAUGUUAUCUGUCAAGGCAUUACAUAUAAUGUACAAACAGUUAUGGAUUUACGGCUUCUUCAUAUCACAUUAUAUUUACAUUUGGUGUGGCAAUGCCCUUAUAUAUUACUAGUAAAUCCCUACCAAAAGCAGCUUCAUCUAUGAGAGUAUAACUGAAGUUGCCCUGAGGGCGUAUGAAUAUCUCACUUGCAAAAA